GCGGGGCGGCACGUGGCGCGGGGCAGCAUGGCGGAGCGGCGUGCAGUGCCCAGCGACCUGUUCCCCUUCGUGCUCGCCUUCCUGCGCGACAACCGCUUCGAGGCCGCCGCCCGAGCCUUCGCCAGGGAGGCGGCGGCCGCCACGGGGGCGGCGAAGGAGCAGGACCCCAACGCCGCCUCUCUCCUGGACAUCUUCAGUUACUGGCUGAAGUCUCCAGCAGCCAAGAAGAGAAAGCUCGUUCCCAACGGCCCCCAGGCCAAGAGGAAGCCAGCCUCCAGCAGCGAUGGCAGCUCCAGUGAGGAGGACGAGACGCCUCCAGCCAAGAAACCAGCUAAAGCAGUAGCUGUGCCCAAGGCAAAAGCAGUUCCUCCAGCCAAGAAGGCAGAAAGCAGCAGUGAGGACUCCAGUGAUGAUUCAGACUCGGAGGAGGAGAAGAAGCCAGCAAAGAAAGGCACAAAACCCGCAGCAAAGCCAGCUGAACCCAAAAUCCAGCCUCAGAAGAAGAAAGCAGAGAGUUCCAGCUCUGACUCGAGCAGCUCAGAUGAAGAAGCACCAAAGAAACAGCCACCAAAACCAGCAGCACCUAAACCAGGAAGUAAAGCUGCCCAGGCAGCCACCAAGGUGGUCAAUGGAAAAGCAGCAAGCAGUAGCAGCAGCAGUGAAGAUUCUGAUGAGGAAGAGACUGCACCCAAGAAGGCCGUUCCCAAGAAGUCACCCCUGCCGAAGCCUGCAGCCACUCAAGCACAGCCAGGGAAAAACAAACAUGCUAAGGAAAGUUCCAGUAGUGAGGACUCAUCUGACAGCUCAAACGAUGAAAAGCCCCCUGCAAAACAAAAGCCCAAAUCUGGUCAGUACAGUGCUGUCCCACCUCCUCAAGCCACGCAGCCAAAGAAGGGCCUUGCCAAGGCUCCUGCAAAGAAGGCUGAGAGCAGUGACUCCUCAGACAGCAGCGAUGAGGAGGAGCAGGUGCCCCCAAAGGGAGGAGCAGGGAAAGCAGUAGCAGCUAAAACAACCCCUGUCCCCCAAAAGAAAGCUGUGACCGCCAAGAAGGCUGAAUCCAGUUCUGAUAGUGACUCAGAUUCUAGCUCUGAAGAUGACAAGAAGAAAGUAGGGAGUAAGCUGCCAGCUAAAGCACCCGUGACAAAGAACACCUCCAAACCAGCAAAAGCAGCUGUCAAGCCUGGAAAAGCAAAGAAAGACUCCAGUUCCUCCUCAGACAGCUCAGAUUCUGAUAGCUCUGACAAGAAGGCUCCUGUGAAGCCCACAACUAAAGCAGCAACCCCUGCGACAAAGAAGCCACAAGCUGCCACAAAGAAAGCUCAGAGUAGCUCAGAUUCAGAUAGCAGCUCUGAAGAUGAGAAGAAGAAGAAAGGCAAAGGCACACCAGCUAAAUUAGCUGGCAAAGUGGGUAAGCCAGCAUCCAAACCUUCUACCCCGGCUCCCAAAGCAGCCACCUCUGACUCUGACAGCUCAAGCAGUGAAGAAGAAGAAGAAAAAGAAAAGAAGCCAGCAGUGAAACCAGCCACCAAACCUACAGGGGCUGCAAAAGCAACUGUGGGGAAGAAGGCAGCUGCUUCUAGCAGUAGCAGCUCAUCUGAUAGUUCCAGUGAAGAGGAUGAGAAGCCCAAAAAGGCAGGGAAGGGGGCGCAGAACGGUUCUAAGUCCACUGCCUCCACAGAGAAAGCAAAAGCAUCCACCCCAGCAGCAAACAACCUGAAGUCUAAGCCAGCUGGUGGCAGCAGUAGCAGCAGUGAAAGCAGCUCUGAAGAAGAGACUGGGAAAGUCAAUGGAGGCACGAUCGGGAAGAAACAGAAGAGGGAAGGUGUUCAGGAGCCAGAGACACCACACAGCAAAAAGGCAAAGAUCAAAGCCAAAACGCCACACACGGUUCCCAAGGCGAAACGGGCCGCCUCUCCCUUCCGCCGCGUAAGGGAAGAAGAGAUUGAGGUGGAUGCCCGUGUUGCUGAUAACUCUUUUGAAGCAAAGAAAGGAGCAGCUGGUGACUGGGGUGAGAAGGCCAACAACAUCCUGAAGUUCACUAAAGGCAAAUCCUUCCGCCACGAGAAGACCAAGAAGAAGCGCGGCAGCUACCGCGGGGGCUCCAUAUCCACCCAGGUCAACUCCGUCAAGUUCGAGAGCGACUGAGAGCCUCCCCUUUGCAGGCCAGAACCCCUCUGCUCUGCGGGCUGGCUUGGAUGGGCACGUGCACAUUGUGGAUGGCAAGGCUGCCUGGAAUGCUGCCUGCUCUAGCCCCUUGUGGGGCAGGCAGCUCCAGCCUGGGAUGUGGGAGAAUGGUUGAAUGUGCCCCUUUCAUUUCUGAUCCUGGUUUAGGCCCCUGAUUUGGAGCCAUCCUCGAGCUGGUGUUACUGACACCACUGGGGUGGCCUCCAAGGCUUCCAUUUUCUACAGUCUUAUUUUAAAAGGCUGGCAGUGAUUUUUGUUAUCCUUCAUUUUGGUUUCGUGCCCAUCCACCAGAGGAAAGAGAAAUCACUCUCCUCAACCUCCCACUCCCUUUUCAGACAGUUUCACUCUGAUACCUACGGUAGGGCAAGACUUGUAACCUGCCUUUGGCUAUUUACUGUAAGAGCAGCAACUGAUUUGAACCCUCUUGCCUAUAAUCCCCACCUCCAUGUGACAUUUCAAGUUCACAGUUGCAGUGUGACAGGGUUCCUCUUCCGUUUCCUUCUUUGACACUUUCACCUCGCAAUAAUUUCUUACCUUCCUCUUCCUUCUCCUCCUGCUGAGGCCACUAACCAGAGUACUUGGAGAAGCAGAGCCUAAAUACACCUUGGUAGCUGAGUAACCGCUUGCAGUUGCACUCUGGGGGCUGGUGUCAGAAGGACCAAGGCCUGUAGCACUCUUGAGAGAACGCUUUCCUUGGGAAGGUGCGUGGCUGGAGAGUGGAGGUGUGCAGGAAGUCCUGGCUGCAUGGAGAUUGUGAUGUCUGGCUCAGUGGGAAUGGGUAAGGAGGCAGAGGAGAUGAAGUCCUCGUUUCUGCCUGUCUCUGCUUUUUGCCAUCCCUGCUUUGGCAGUUCUGACUGCAGUGUGACAUGGCUCCUGUCUGAAUGUAAAACAUCCCACCUUAAGCUUACUGCCAGCAGUGUCCUGUGCAGCUUGUCAGGAGUUGAAUGUAUCAGUAAUGCCUUACAUUUCCUUUCUGGGUUGGAGCGCUUGCUCUUUGAGCUGUUUUUCCAUCUGUUGAAUCCCUCUGGAGUAAAAUGCCACUUUCCCCAUAGCACUAAGGCACACCAUCAGGCCUGUUGCUGCACGGUUUGAAGUGUUAGGUACAAGCUCAAACAGCUUCAGUACCUCACAGCCCAGACUGAGAUGAGCUGCUGAGGCCAGAAUGUCCCACUGCUGUCGAGAGGAGGGCUUGCUUUCCCUUUGAUUAUGUGACUUGCCUCCUUAGUUAUUGUGCAACUUGCACCUGCUAGAAAAUGGUUCCCCAGCUGCUUUUUCUCCCCUUAUUGGGUGGGUUAAGUUCACAGUGGUUUGUGGAGCAGCCUGCCGAGCCCGGAGCAGCCAUGGUACGUGUUUGGGAGAGGGAGGAGUGGGCUGUGAGAACUGCUCCACCCCAUCUCAUGAGCCUGCCAACUACCAGGAGAGGGCCUGGUUUCCACGUUCCCAUUCCCACCCCAAAGGGUGACAACAAGGAAAGCCCUGUUAUGGGAAGCUGCAUUUGUGUGCAAAGCAGUGUCACCUAAUUGAGGGUUGGAUGAGACUUGUUGAGCCGCCCCCGUAUACAUGAGCUGCAACUUGUUCCAGUGAGCAUUUUUCAGGGCUUCCCCUCGGGCUUGCACAAUGGCUCUGGUGCCUGGAUUCGAGGCUGUGGUGCAGAGGGGGCCAGGAGACCAGCAUCGUGAGGGGGAAUUGAAGGUUAGAGGCCCAAGGAAGGUGGGAAGAGAGCAUUUUGUGCCUGGGGAUACGACCGUCUCGCUCGUGACUUGUCGUUUGCCCCACCUGUCACUGCUGUUCGUGAGGAACCUGGCAUUGGGAGCUCUUCAGCUCUUCAGAAACUCUUUAUGUUUUGGGGGUAUUUUAAGUGUGAGAAUUUUAACGUGUUGGGAAAUAAAGAUUGCUGCCUUUGUA